GCGCCGCCCGCUCCUUAUCCGCUAUCUCCCACCCCGCGGCGCGGGCGCGCGGGGGAUCGUCGCCGAUGCUGCCGAGGAGGGCCGUCAUCAUGGCGCACACGCUCGCGGCCGCGCUGGCUCUCGCGGCCAUGUGGCGCUCACGUGGCGCCCUCCUCGCGUGCUCCGCCGCUGACCUCGCGCACGUGCCCGUCUCGAGGAGGGUGCGGGGCGGGUACCUGAUGACAGAGCAGCGGCUGCAGCGGCUCCGCUCCAAAGACAAUCUCAGUACCAGCCGCCGCGACGCCACCAUCGGAGCCCCGGGCGCUGCGCUUCCAGGGAGAGAAAUGGCCGCCUCCGCCGACGCCGACGCCGGCGCGGGGCUCAGGUCGGAGUUCCUCCAGGUCCUGCUCAGCCGCCGCCGUGACCUCCAAGUGCCUCUCUCUGUGGAGAAAGGGAGUCCAGUGAGGAACCCGAUAUACCAAAAACCUCCCGGGCCCAUGGAGGCGGUGCCAAUGGAAUCGUGCCCGAGGAAAGAGGUAGAGAACUUCAAGGAAAAGCUAGUUGAAGAAAAUUUCUACUUAGUUACUGAGCUAGGUGAACAAGGACGUGUACCUGUGCUGCUGCUGAAACUUAAUGACCCUGUCCCUAAAAGAAAACCAAUUAUUGUAUUCUUGCACAGCUCUUACAAAUGCAAAGAAUGGCUGCGUCCACUGCUUGAGGCAUAUGCCUCCAGGGGCUACAUUUGUGUUGCUAUUGACUCUCGCUAUCAUGGUGAACGGGCCAGCAAUGAGACCACUUACAUAGAUGCACUGAAAUCAGCUUGGCGGAAUGGGGAUACAAUGCCUUUUAUUUUCGACACGGUGUGGGACUUGAUAAAGCUUGGAGACCACCUUAGCGAGAGGGAGGAUGUUGAUCCCUGUAGGAUUGGGAUUACUGGUGAAUCACUUGGAGGAAUGCAUGCAUGGUUCGCUGCUUUUGUGGACACACGGUAUAGUGUCACUGUUCCUAUAAUUGGUGUUCAGGGAUUCCGAUGGGCCAUUGAUAAUAACAUGUGGCAAGCUAGAGUGAAUAGCAUCAAACCUUUAUUUGAAGAAGCAAGAAUUGAUCUAGGAAAGAGCGAAAUAGAUACAGAAGUUGUUGAAAAGGUUUGGGAAAAGAUAGCACCGGGUCUGGACUCUCAAUUUGAUGCCCCCUAUUCACUUCCUUUAAUUGCACCACGGCCAUUACUCCUUCUAAACGGUGCUGAAGAUCCUCGAUGCCCCAUUGCUGGUUUAGAAGAAACUAGUUCAAGAGCUGCUAAGGCUUAUGAAGAAUCUGGUUCUGCAGAGAAGUUCAUGUUCAUUGCAGAGCCUAGAAUUGGCCAUCAAAUGACAGUAAACAUGGUGAAGAAAGCGAGUGAUUGGUUUGAUCGCUUCCUCAAGUGAGUCCCGCAUGAAUGCUGCAAGCAAUUGUCAUUUGUCACCUCAUCCUCUACAAUACUUGGCAACACAGUAUCACAACACUACCCCCUUAAUAAUUUUUCUUUCUCGAUCACAUUUUGCUGAAUGUGACUGGCAUUAAUACAAGUUCAAUAAUGUCACUCCGUUUGUACUAGUAUACCUUGGUUAUUGCCAGCCGGAUAAAUAUGAAAAAAGGGUGCCAACACAUUAUCAUUAACUCAUUGGACAGAGAA